CAAAGAAACCGAAUAUCAACAAUCUGUGGAUGACUUGGAGUCGGACUUGGAGGACUACCAUUUUUGCAAGAAGUACAAACACCACAAAGAUUACGUUCCAGUAUCUCGAUUCAACACAUCCCAUCUUCCAGAGGAUCUCAGACACCCACUGGUCUGUGUAUGGCUGAGAGCGUGUGCGCGCCUGGUUGUUAAACUCAAACUUCGUCAUAAUAAGGUAGCGACGGGUCGAGUCAGUUUCACUCCGUUUGACGAGGGGAAAAGUGAGAAAUGUGAUGACGUUCAUUGCGAUUAUAAGACGGUGGUCGGCGCCGUCCAUAAAGUACACGGAGGCAUUACCAUUAUCACCAAUAAGCAUGUGGUCAGUUCUGAUGACGAGGCAGCUGUUGCACGAGUACACUUCUUCUACGACAGGAAAGAACAAACUGUUCAAUUUAAAGAGCUCGGGACCAGCUUAAUUUUCGCCUUAAAACCUUUAGAUUACAGUGUGUUCAGUUGCUUUGUUCACUCAACAGAAUUCAUUCAAGUUUUGAAAAUGUUGAAAAAAGCGCAAGAUUAUUCUUGGCAGCAGGUCCCUGAAAAGCUAAGAGACUUGACAAAAGACUACGCAAUAACCAUAUCACAUCCCCAUGGAGCAGCAAAGCAAGUCAGUAUCGGCCGAGUCUUACCACGGGAUUUGCAUGAAAGCGAAUCGGUCAAUAAGGAUGAGGUAGAAAAUGCAAGACUACUCUCUAAAUUGUUCACAUCAUGUAAUAAAUCACCCGAAGGGUCAAAACGGCUCAUAGGGUAUUUGAAAUUUUUGGAUUUAAAGACACCUAUUCAGAUAACCAAGUAUUCUGCGGCCACCUGCGAGGGCAGUUCAGGGGCUCCUGUGUACGUGGGCGAUUUCGAGGUCAUGAAUGGGCAACAGGUUAACAUCCCAAGAACUCACAGAGGGACACGAGAAAUUGAAAACUGCUUUCAUAAUUACUCUCAUGUGUAAACAGUC